AUGGCUAUCUUCAGUUUCAGCCUGCUCGUCCUCACUGUUUUCCGCCCUAUGAGAGUGGACUCUAAAGAGCCUGUGUUGAGCGAGCAGCGAAAGGCUUAUUUGGGCAAGAAACUCGGAGACCUGACUGCCGGUAAACGAGGGGUUUCUGGCACUCUCUACGCCGCCACGGGAAAACAUUUUGUAAUAGAGGACUUCAGCUACAAUGGCACAGCUCCUGACGCCUACUUCAUGGUGGGAACUUCUAGUCAACCAUCGAAGCAUGGCACAAUUUUCGCAAAUGAGGCUGGAAGCAACGGUACAAUCCCCGCGUACAGCAAGCAGACGAUUGUGCUAACGGUACCGGGACAAGCGGUCGUCACCGACUUCAAAUGGUUUAGCGUCUACCGCAAAGAUGCAGAGAUAAGCAUAGGCGACGUGGCCAUACCAAGCAACUUCGACUACCCUAGAGAAAGGACCAUCGGUUCGUCUUUGUCCGGCGCUCACAAGACACACGCUGCAGAGGUUGUGCUGAAAGACGUGAAAACGCUCUUCCUGAAGAAUUUCUCUUACGAUGGAUCUGCUCCAGACGCAUUCUUCCUUUGUGGGAAAGGAAGCCCCAACCCGAAUGGUACGAAGAUUCCUGAUGAAAAAGGAAGCCUAGAGGUGAUUCGAGGCUACGUCCACGAGGAUGUAACUCUUGCCCUACCCGGCGAUCUGACUGUGUUCGACAUCGACUGGUUCGCAGUCUACUGCAUAACGUACAUUGAAACCUUCAUCAGUGUCACAAUCCCGAAGAAUCCAAACGUGCCGCCCCUAGUGGAAGUUCUUAAGAGCCAAAAACAGUGGGAUCAAAGCGAUGGGUCAGAUUUCGACAACUGCGAAACUAUUAUACCCAAUAGGAUCCAAGUGGCCUGGAAAUUGAAAAGCAACUCGGUACUGUUUCAGCUCAGUACAAAACUCGUGGCCAAGCAGUGGGCUGCUUUUGGAGUCAGCGGAGACAAGGACAAGAACCAGAUGAUUGGGGGUGACGUGGCCAUUGUUUACCUUGAGGGUCCCUUGAACAAAGCGAAACUCGUAGACUACUCCUUGGGUUCUAAAGCGCAGUGUUCUAACACCAGCGGUGGGGUGUGCCCCGACGUCAAAUCAUCGCCGACGGGCACAGACGACUUGACGAUGGUUUCCUCGAAUUACGAAAACGGACUUCUGAAGGUCGUAUACUACCGGCCCUUGGCUGCCAUUGAUCGAUACGACAAAGCUAUUACUCCGACUGAAGAAACAGCGGUGAUUGCUGCCCAGGGCCCCAUGGCCGAGGACCCGCCCGAUGUUGUGCUUUAUCACACAAUGUACGUGACCAGAACCAAGACAACGUUGAAGCUCAGCCGGCCAGCUAAGAAAAACUGCCAACCCCUGACGGCAUCUAGACCACGUGAAGAGACCAUGGACGAAAGACAGUUUGGUGGAAGAGACAUCCUUAGGCGAGAAGGCGUGACUGUCUUCACCGCAAGAAUAGGUCCCACAGGAGGAUCCAGGGGAUAUGCCAAGAUUACUGGCAACGCUGGCUGGGGUAUCGCCUGGUGGAUCAACGACGAGCUCAUCCCAGUUUUGCAUGUGGAGAGAGGAAAGACGUACACCUUCGUAGCCCAAGGCGGCCACAACCAAUCUAACUCGGCGCGCUACCAUCCCUUUUACAUCACGGACAGUAAGAAGGGAGGCGGAUCCCAGGAAGACGUGAAGUUGCUCGGGAAACCGGGGCAUCUGCUACUUGCCGGCGUCACGAUGGAUCCCAAGGGAAAAGCUGACGUCUCUCAAGCCGUUGGGCGCUACUGCGAGUGGGAACACAAGUCCGUCGAUCAAAGCGACGUCGUCAAAACGUUCUCGGAGUUCAUGACAACGCUAGAGUUGCAAUGUGAGCCCAACGUGAAGUCAGGCACGUUUACCUGGACUCCCGAUGAAAAGACUCCGGACACUGUGUACUACCAGUGCUUCACUCACUUUUAUCUCGGCUGGAAGAUAGCAGUGAAGAACCCAGGUGAUCCGGACGAGCCGCUUGAUGCCAAGCCUGGCAAUGCCCGCACCUUCGACUCCGCACUCCUGAUGACGUCCCUGCUGGUGUGUGUGACCUUGAGACUAUCGACACGACUUACGAGCCAUCAGUAAACGCGAUUUGACCUGUCUUAUAGACCCGUCAAGGCAAAGCUCGACAUGAUUAGUGGCGCUUCAAAGUCCUCCGAGAUCAGUUUAAUGUCAAGAAAUGUUUGUAA